AUGGGCAUAUAUGUAGUUUUACAAGGGCCAUCAGAUUUAAAGAAAGACUCAAACUUGACAUUUAAAACACUGUAUGAUGGAUACUUGAAAAAUGGAGACACUGAAAAGUUUUAUGGAAAAUAUUAUUCUCAGGUUCCUUUGAAAUCUACAACCUUUUUCAGAGGGUUAUCCAGAAAUGCAGCUACAUUGCUAGCAAUUAAAGUGGCCAACAACAUGGUAGCACAUGGCAAGCAUACAAAGUCAUCUCCUGACAACAGCGUCCUUCCAUCUAAAACAGUCUUAUCAGACAAAGAGACAGCCGGGUUGCAGUAUUUGGGAGGAUACGUAUUGCACAAUCUUCACAAAAAGUGUGCAAAAAUGUCUUCAAGUGAAAGUCAGCAGGCAAUGGCUAUACUCAAGGCUGGAAAAUUGGAGGAGGGCUGUGAUUCCCAAAAGCUGGUUUCCACACUGAGCCGCGGUGGUCUCUGGUCCAUAACAGAGCCUGCGCAAAAGAUCUUUACCAGGUCUGAACAUUAUUUCAGACAGUCAACUUUAAAAUCUGCCAGUAGUAUGCAAAUUGUGGACAUAACUGGGAUAGCUCAGAAGUCAUUAACAGAUAAUGAUGUGGUUGCAAACUACCAAACCAUGGUCUCAAAUGCUGAACUAGUUCCCACUAAAAAUGUCAGUAAAGAUGUCCUGUACAGUAUUGUAAAUUUGUACAUCAGGGUUCGCUCAUUCUCUUUAGCCAAGGAUAUUAUACAAGACUUCAAAAUUAAAGCAAAGCAAGCUAAAAGCAAGGCUCUUUGGAAAGAAAUCCAAAGAAGUUGUGACCAGCAAACUCAAGAGAGGCAAAACUAGAAUAAUUCAUGAGGAAUGUUUACUGUUAUUUUCAUGAUGAUAUAUCAGGUUAUUGUACAUAUCAGUUGAUAAUUUAAGCAAUAUUAAUAACUUCAUUGUAAUUUUCAACCCAAACGGCUGUUUCAUUUUGCUGGAUGUUUCACAGGUUGGUUUUGCCCUUCUUUGCUUAAGAAAAAAAAUGUAAAAUUUUUCUAUGCCUGCGAUGAUCAUAAAACUUCACAAGAAAUGCUAUUUAUGGUCCACAUUCAUUGCUAAUUGAAAUAUUUAAUAUAGGUCUGUCAA